AUGGCCACCAUUGACAAGCAGCAAAGCAAGGACUUCUCUUUGGGUUUCUGCAGCUUCUACUGCCCCCAAUGGUGCUACGUCGUCUUCCCACCUCAUGCCUCUCCCGUCGUUAAUUUCACCAACGAGAGCUCCGGCAGUACUUUCCCCUUGCUCCUGAUCGCCAUCGUCGGCAUCCUCACGAGCGCCUUCCUCCUCCUUAGCUACUACACCAUCGUCUCGAAGUACUGCGGCACCUUCAGCUCUCCACGGGGGCGGCCCCGGCCUGGACCAGGGCCCGACGUCCGUGAAGCUUGGCGCUUCUGCCCAUCGAAUGGGCUCGACGAGGCCGUGAUCGGUAACAUCACGGUCUGCAGAUCCGAGAGAGGCGAUGGUCUGGUCGAGGGCACCGAUCGCGCGGUGUGCCCGAGCAAGUUCCGGGAGGACGGGAGCCUCCGGUUGCUCCCCAAGUGCAGCCAUGCCUUCCACGUUCCAUGCAUCGAUGCUUGGCUGAAAUCGCACUCCAACUGCCCCCUCUGUCGAGCCAACUUCGUGUCUGUGAAUUCACCAGCUCCUCCUCCACCACCCACCGGCGGCAGAGAACAGUCAUCCGGUCGAUGA